AUGGAUCAAAUUAAGCACAAGUUCAUCCAAGCUGGCGAGCUGAGGCUACACGUAGCAGAGAUUGGGGAAGAAUCAUCGCCGGUGGUGCUUUUCCUUCAUGGAUUUCCCGAGAUAUGGUACACAUGGCGCUACCAAAUGGUGGCUGUUGCAAAUGCCGGUUUCAGAGCCAUUGCACCGGAUUACAGAGGUUUUGGACUAUCUGAUGUCCCUGCAGAACCUGAGAAGACGACAUUUGCUGCUUUGAUCGAAGAUAUUACCACCAUUCUGUGUUCUCUCGCCAUAUCUAAGGUGUUCGUCAUUGGUAAAGAUUUUGGAUCAAUGGUUGGCUACAUAUUUGCGGUUUUCUUCCCAAAGAAACUGGCAGGAAUCAUAACACUUGGUAUUCCAUAUAUGCCCCCUCAAGUUUUGCAGCAACUUCAAACCCUCCCUGAAGGGUUCUACAUGCGAAGAUGGCAGGAACCUGGAAGAGCUGAAGCUGACUUCGGCCGGUAUGAUGCUAAAACUGUGGUGAGAAAAAUCUAUAUUUUGUUCUCUAGAAGUGAGGUACCCAUAGCCAGUGAAAACCAGGAAAUAUUGGAUUUAGUGGAACCGUGGGCUCCUUUACCCUGUUGGUUCACAGAGAAAGAUCUUGAGAUCUAUGGUGCUUUGUAUGCGAAGUCUGGAUUCCAAACUGCGCUCCAAGUUCCUUAUAGGUCAUUACAAGAGAGAGUUGAACCUCCAAACCAAGACCCGAAUAAUCUAAGAAUUGAAGCUCCGGCAUUGUUCAUCACAGGAACAGAAGAUUUCUUUUUCAACAUUCCUGGAAUACAAGAAUACUUGAAGAAUGGGGUCAAGAAUUAUGUGCCGAACCUAGAAAUCAUAUACUUGCCCAAAGGUUCUCAUUUUGUUCCUGAACAAUUCCCGCACAAAGUGAAUCAACUCCUAAUCAAUUUUCUCAACUGCAACAAAUAUUAG